AGAGAAGAUUACAGAGACAUUCACGACCAUUUUUCCAGACUUCCAGUGAAAGCACGUUAACCUUCAACUACUCAGGUAAAAAUGGCUUCUUUCCACGAUGCACAAGGGUUCCGGGGUAACCAAGGUGAAGAGGAAGAUGUUGAUGUGAUAUUCGUGGAGCCUAUCGCGAUGAUAGUGCCGCCAGAGUUGCAAGAUUCGCCCAGAACCGCCGCGCCUGAGAGUAACGCCAGUUCGAGCGUAAGUGGUGGUUCUGAGGGCCACCAGCCUUCAACCUCUAGUGAUUCGCCCACAGAAGAGACAACUAGUGGGGCGGAGGGCGUGGAGGAGGUUGGUUGCAGUGCACCGGUGACAAGUGCAGCAGCAAAGGUGGUGGUGUUCGAAGGGUGGGAAAGCAAGGUUCUCAGUGGAAGGCUGGAUAACCUUCGUAAGGCUCCCAAAACCCUGCCGAUCGGCUUCAAGUUCAAGGCAGUGCUGCAUCAUGAGGUUGCAGAUGGCGCGGCCACGGUGAAGGGGUACAAGAAGCUGGAGGAAAUGGUGAGGCGAUUCCAGAUCCCCAGAACCAUCCUGAUCCGAGCUGGGACACCAAAUGAACGGGCAUGUUCAGUGUCGCGGACGAGUUGGGUGCCAGUAUACGUAGACCAUUUUGACGUCGGUCUACAUUUUCCUCUGCCCGGACUAAUUUUUGACGUCCUGGCAGAGUACGAGCUGGCCCUUUCGCAGCUUACUCCCAACAGCAUAAAGUUUAUCAUAGGCUUUAUGCUGUUGUGCGAAAGGUUGGGGAUGCCUACUAAGGCGGUGGUCUUCAGGUCGCUCUUCCUGUGCCGGUUGUGCCCGUCCACCAGUGGAACGAGAUGGUACUACAUCUCGGGGAGAGAGAAAAUGAUGAUAUUCACCAACAUAAGGAACAAAGUGGCGAGGUGGAAGAGACAGUUCGUCUUCGUUCGGGACACACGAACUGAACGAAUCAGUAACGAGCUCGCCGCCCGUCUGUCAGAGUGGCGCACGCCCAACACCUAUAUGAACUACCCACAGCUGAUAGUUGGUGACGUCGACCUGAAGAACCGGCUGUUGGAUUAUGUGAAGGCGAGGGGGUUGGUGGAUUUAGAAACCUUGGUUAUCCCGGAGCAGAUCGCACUUCAUGGAUUUGUCGACGUGGCAAACCUACACUCUCAAGGAGUCAUGAGCAGCAUCCUUGAGAGACAACGUCAGCGAGCUCAAGGCUCAAGGGGCCGGGGAGCUAGGUCUGGUUCCCAGCGUCAAUCCCGCUUUGACGAGCGGCCACCUGCUGCACCGGGGCGCAACUCGCAGCACCGGAGUUCCAGCUCGGCACAGCCGCGUGCAGAGCAAAGGACUGAGCCUGCGCCCUCCAGCUCUAGGAGGCGCACAAGGGAGGAGUCUGACGCAGAGGAUGACGUUCCACUCAUCCGGCGUAGGACAAGCACCGGCUCGCAGCCCGCCCCAACCGCCGCUGCGCAACCUGCUAGCGUGCCCCAAGUGUCAGUUCGGGAGGUCGUUGAGGCCACACCAGCCUCGUCGUCUGUGACGAGGCCAAGGAUUGCAUACCCGAACGGCUUCAACUAUGCCCAGACCGAGUGUCAGACCGCUAUGCUGCAGGGGAUGCAGAACUUUGUGCCCCCUGCAGACCAGCUGCGUGCAAAGGGGCACGUUCAGCAGCAUGGAAGGCAUGCUGCUUUAAUAAAGCUGAUGGAUGCGUUCAGCUACACUGUCGCACUCUUCGAGUGUGAGCAUGGGGCCCGGGCGCAGAACAACGAGCUCCAACAGAGCUGUAAACAAUUGGCCUCUGAGAAAGCCAGUUUGGCUGACGAGGUCAAUCGUUUACAAAGCUCGGAGAUGGCUAACCGAGCGGAGUCAGCAGAGAGCCGAGCUGACGAGCUGGCCCGUAAGGUUAACGAGCUGAAGGAGGAGCUCGUGAGGGCGCAAGUGGAGAAGGAAAGUGGCAUCCAAGUUGCCAAGGAGGAGCUCGACCGUGCAGAGGAACGGGCUAAAAAGGCGGAGUCUGACAGAGAGAAGACUCUGCACGAGCUGAGCUCCUUGAGGGAGAAGGUGGUGCAAGCCGACCAGCACGUCGCCCAAGCUGAGGCGUCCCUGGAAAGCACCAAGAGGGCCCACCAACGCGACGUCUGCUUUGCUCGUGCACAGGGGGCUGAAUGGCUGGUGGGAGCAAAGAUGUUCCAGGACGCUGUUGCAGUCGCCUCUGCCAACACCACCACGGACAUUUUCAACGAGGUUCGUGGGAAGGUGCUACAAGUUCGGGCUGAUUUUCCCAUCGGCGAGCUAGCUUUUUUUGAAGGCGAGGAGAUUAACGAAGAAGGAAAGAGCCUCGCCCCGCCAACGGACACCCGGGUGAGGCUGAGAUGGGAGCUGAACGAGGAAGGGCUACCCGUGUGGCCCCCUUCUGUGAUCGAAGAGGGGGAGGACACGGAGGGGUUGCCAAGUUUUGACGCUUGGGUGGCAAACCCCCAUGAUGUGCCUGCUGAGCCUUCCAGCACUCCCCCCUCUGCUCAGCCUCAACCCGCACCAGGCGCUACUACUGUUCGCUCUCCUACCCUUCCUUCUCCAGAUCGGUCAUCACCAGCUCGGUCUGCUACUGCCCGAAACGACGCAUCCAUCCCCGUCGACCUGACGGAUGAUUAGCUUAGGGUUUUUACUUUUUCUUUUGUAUUUCCAUGUAAAUCAAUGAACUCAUUCCGUAUGUACUACACAUGUAAACACUCAUUGAUGGAAUACAAAUUCGCAUAUUUUCUAAUUUCUGUGUAUAUUGCUGUGUGCUGUUUUAUGCACUGUUCUUUACAUUUGAUUGAGGAUAGCCUAAAUUAAAAUAAUGACAUCGGAAUGCU